AAGGGAGUUCAGUCUUGCUCUGUUGUGAGCUCCUGCAAUAUGGAAGGGCUAGAUUGGAAAGAAGGGGCACACCUUCACCGUGAGGCCAAUAAACCUAGAAAGACUUUGAUGAUCACCCUGUGGCUUGUGGCAUGUUUGGUCAUCUUGGCGCUGGUUUUAUUUUCAUUUCUCAUAGCUUGCUUUCUUCUCCAUCACAAACAGACUCCCAAGACAUGCUGGUUUCAUGGAUCUUCACCUAUCAAGUCCCGAGAUGCCAUCAACUGGACAUGGAGGAAGAAUUGCACUGGCUCAGUAAAGAAUGAAGGCAACUCCUCACUGGAAAUCUUAGAAAAUGGCAUGUAUUUUAUCUAUGUUUAUGUGGCCCAUAAGGAAAAUCCUUCUACUAGAGAUUACUUCACUGUUGUGUUGCUUGAUGAUUCAGACACAACUCUCAGCCUUCUCAAAGGGCCCAGUAUUAUGAGAGCAUUUGUAAACAUGGGGAGGCCUUAUUUCCUGGAAAAAGGACAAAAGCUGCACUUAGACAUUAAUGUGGGACUGACAAAUAUUGCCACAAAUGAAACAUACUGGGGUCUCUUUAAAAUCUAACAAGAGGAGCAAACUGCACACAUUUGUUUCCAGCACGUCCUCGUAGUAUAUCCUGUAUUCCUACAGGUCACCUGAUGGUUUGGUGCUGUAAUUUUUUUCUAAGAGUUUUCCAAGUGUAUUGAUUUAGCUUAGCUGCAACUGGCAAGCUGGCCAGACCUUUUCACACAUGGGAAGCAGGGACUGGAAAACUAUGACUUACU